GAGAGAGAGGGCGGGAAGCGAAGCAGCCCUAGAUUUUCUAGACAGAGAGAGAGGGCGGGAAGCAGCCCUAGUUUUUCGAGGGAGAGAGAGGCAGAAUCAGCAAUGCAGGGUCUCAGGAGGAAAUUCUUCUACAACAUCUCCGUCUACCAAGUUGGUUCUCAAGUUGCUUCUUCCUUGCACGAGUCUAUUGGAAGAUCUACAUAUUCCACCAGAAAGGUUUUUGAUGCUGGGCAGCCGACUGCCGCAACUCACCCUCAGUUAUUAGAGGAAGGGGAGAUAACUCCCGGAAUAACAUCUGACGAGUAUAUCUCGAGAAGAAAGAGGCUAUUGGAAUUGCUUCCAGAAAAGAGCUUAGCGAUUAUUGCCUCCGCCCCUGUAAAGAUGAUGACGGAUGUGGUGCCAUACACAUUUAGACAGGAUGCUGAUUACCUGUACAUUACAGGUUGCCAACAACCUGGUGGGGUAGCAGUUCUAAGUGAUGAGUGUGGCUUAUGCAUGUUUAUGCCAGAUCCAAGUCCUCAAGAAGUGGUUUGGCAAGGUGAGAUUGCUGGAGUAGAUGCGGCUUUGGAUACAUUCAAGGCCGAAAAGGCAUUUCCCAUACGCAGAAUUCGUGAGAUCCUUCCAGAAAUGAUUGGAAAAGCAUCCAAAUUGUUCCACAAUGUGAAGACAGCUUUACCGGCCUAUACAGAUUUGGAGGCCUUCCGCAUGGCAACUUAUGAUGGUAAAGUGAAAGAUCUUUCUCGAUUUACUCAUGAAGCACGAUGGAUAAAAUCACCAUCUGAACUUAAGUUGAUGAGACAAUCUGCAUCCAUUGCUUGCCAGGCUCUUUUACAAACAAUGAUGUUUUCGAGAACAUCGCCUGAUGAGAGCAUGCUGUCAGCUAAGGUUGAAUACGAAUGCAAAAUGAGAGGGGCCCAAAGAAUGGCGUUCAAUCCUGUUGUUGGUGGUGGUGCCAAUGGUAGUGUCAUACACUACUCUCGAAAUGAUAAAAAAAUCAGAGAUGGGGACCUCGUCUUGAUGGACAUUGGAUGCGAGUUACAUGGUUAUCUUAGUGAUCUAACUCGGACCUGGCCACCUUGUGGUAGCUUUUCCUCUGCUCAAGAAGUGCUUUAUGAUCUCAUUCUAGAGACGAAUAAGGAAUGCGUGAACCUUUGCCAACCUGGUGUCAGCAUUCAGCAAGUACACGACCAUUCAGUUGAGAUGCUAUGUAGAGGACUUGCAAAGCUCGGGAUCUUGAAAGAUGAUCGAAGCAGUUCGCAAUCUUACCAUCAGCUGAAUCCAACUGCAAUAGGCCAUUAUUUAGGAAUGGAUGUCCACGACUGUUCCAUGAUUAGAAAUGACCGUCCAUUGCAGCCAGGUGUUGUGAUCACAAUUGAACCAGGAAUAUACAUCCCAUCUUCAUUUGAUGCUCCAGAGAGGUAUCAAGGCAUUGGCAUAAGGAUAGAGGACGAAGUUCUUAUCACUGAAAGUGGGCAUGAGGUGCUCACUGGGUCAAUGCCCAAGGAGAUUCAACACAUCAAGUCCUUGCUAAACUACGGCAAUGGCGGAGCGACUGAACUCCGUAGCAUGAGGGCUGCAUCCAGUUGAAAUUCUUUUGUGAUUUAGAAGGUACUCAUGCAGAUUUCAUGGGUUUUGGAGAGGUAGUGCGCUACAACAGUGACUUCUGUUGUGGGAGGCUGAAAUUCAACUAUCAUUCAACACCGUGAAGGGCUCAGUGAAUAGGAAUUGUGGCGGUCUUCACGAUCAGAACACUCAUAUGCAGACAUUUAUUUAUACUCGGGAAUGAAGACACGAUAGAAGAAAUUCCUGUCACAAAAUAGCCCAGCUCCUUGUUCCCAUGGUGACAUAUCCUGUUCUCAGCUAUUCUCGGCCCAGAAAUUUCUAGUGAGAUGCUGGAAUUUUUCUUGGGGUAUUAUUGGGAAAAUCUUGCCGAAAAUAAAAAUAUUUAUUCAAAAUUAAUAAGUAAAAUUUAAAAUUUGAUAUGUAUUUAUAUAACAGAUUCCUUUUUGUGAUAAAAUCAUGGUCUUUUUAAAAUUUUGCAAUAAUCUUGUGA